ACAGAAAGUCAACAAUGGCGUCUGUAACCUCUAGCAGACCGUUCCACCUGAUCAUUUUCGGUGCGUCUGGGUUUACCGGCCAGUUUGUCGUGCAGGAGGUCGCCCGCUGUGCCGCAGAGAGUCCCGGUGGUAGUCCUCUGAAGUGGGCCGUAGCCGGAAGAAGCAGGCAGCGUCUGGAGGAGGUGUUAAAACAUGCGGCGGAGAGGCUGUCCAUGCCUGAACUGACCACAGACAUUGACAUCAUUGUUGCUGAUGUGUCUAUUGAGGAAUCAUUAUCCAUCAUGUGUCAGCAAGGCCUGGUGAUUCUCAACUGUGUGGGACCAUACAGAUUUUAUGGAGAGCCAGUGGUCAAGGCUUGUGUAGAAAAUGGAGCUCACUACAUUGACAUUUGUGGAGAGCCUCAGUUCUUAGAGCGUAUGCAGCUGGAGUACCACACCAAGGCCUUGGACAGAGGAGUGUAUGUGAUUGGCAGCUGUGGCUUUGACUCCAUACCUGCAGACCUGGGUAUUCUGUACACAAACCGGCAAUUCAGAGGAACCCUGACAGCAGUGGAGAGCUUCUUGAAUAUUUCAAGUGGACCUAAGGGGGCGUCCGGCCAUGACGCCACUUGGCAGUCGGCCGUUUACGGCUUUGCCGACAGCAGAUCCCUUCGACAGCUGAGGAAGAAGUUUGGCCACAAGCCGCUGCCUGUGGUGGGAGCCAAAGUCCACAAGAGGGGUUUUGUGUUUUUCAGUAAGGAGAUUGAACAGUACGUCAUCCCAUUUAUGGGCUCUGACCCGUCGGUCGUCAAGAGAACCCAGCGUUUCCUUUAUGAGGAGGAACACCACUCACCAGUCCAGUACAGUGCCUAUGUCGGCGUCGGUGGCAUCUUCUCACUGGUCAAACUCUUCUGUGGUGGCCUUCUUUUCUGGUUUAUGGUCAAAUUCAGCCUGGGUAGGAGGCUCCUCACCACGUUUCCAUCAUUUUUCUCCUUUGGCAUGUUCACCAAGGCUGGUCCAAGCAUGAAGCAGGUAACAAACACUGACUGAACUGACUGACUGUGUUUGUCAGAAUUAGGCUGCACUACAUGUAUCAUGAUAAUAAAUAAGACAUCUAAACGUAAUGCAUUUUUUAGGUAAUAGUGACAGUAUUAGGGAAAUGUUCCAUGUGCAGUGGGAGUCAAUGAAAAGUGUACUUAUUCUAGU